AGCCGAACCAGUCCAGGUUGAAGUGAUUGUUGGGAAAAUGCUGGUCAUUUCACUGGAAGAGCUAAAAUUUUGAGCUUGAAUAUGUGAACUGGUAACGAAAGUGCCAGAACUCAAUCCAGCAGUGCGAUUUGAGGCAGUAUGAGAAGCACUCGGCGUUGAUGUUACAGAAUUAGUCCUGCUGGGAUUGAGGGCUGUGAUUGAACUAGUCACUCCAUCUGUUCCAUUAUAGGCGGCGUGAGAGGAACUAGCCGUUGAGAGGAGAGAACCAGUCUUGCUUGGGUUGAAGGCUGGGAUCGAACUAGUCACUUCGCUAGAAGAUCUAGAAUGACUAGGUGAACUAGGAACAGUCGUGAAAGAAGUCAGUACAGCAGUGCCAUUUGAGGCAGUUGGCAUUGUUGAAACAGAAUCAGUUGAGCUUGAGUUGAUGUUUGGUACCGAAGUGGUGGCUUCACUAGAUGGUUUAGAUGUUUGGUUAUGUUUGCUAUGAUCGUGCUUUUGUUCAGUUAUCUGUUUCGUACCAUUGGGAGUUGUAAUGAUUGUGGCGGCUGCUGAUGAAGCAGAACUGGUCCAAGUGGGUGUUUCAUUUGGUGGUUUAGAACUUCCUCCUGUUGGUGAGCUUGACGGGGAGUAGACGAUGACAGUUCUUUGAUUGCUGUUGGUUGGUGUGUAUACAAUGACUGUCUCUGGAGUCUGAGACGUUGGAGUAUAAACGAUGACGGUAUAUGUUUUAGUGACAUCUUUUGGUAUGUUAAUACCGUCAGCAUUGAUUUUUAAAUCCUCAUUGAAGUUUCUCGGUUGCAGAAAAUUAUUGGCUUCUUGUUCAGUGUUAGGCUGAUAGGAGAAAUCUGGCUUGUCACUUGGACUAUUUGUCCCUUCGUUAUGUUGGUUGGUUUUCCAAUAACUGCGUGAAGGUAUAGCACGGGAUAUUGAGCAUUGGAUUGCCAAAUAAUAUAACAAUAGGAGAAGAAUGGUUGAUUUUUUGGGCAACAGCAUUAGGUGUAUGUUGCUCAACUUCUGAUGCUUUUAUAUGUUACAAUACGAUGUCAAGUACUAUAAACACACAGAGUCUACGCGACAAUAACCUUACACGAAUAGGGGAGCGAUUUAUAUGGAGUUAAUUUUUACAUAGGGACAUAAUUUGUAAUACUGCGUUCGCGAACGGGAGUACUUGUGACUUUGUUCAGUUCGUCAUCUAGUUUUUAUUCGGAAAAAUCUUGAUAUGCGGUUGCCCGACAAUUUUCGAACCAAAAUUUGAACAAUAAUCACAAAUAUUUGUAGGCGAACUAAUGAGGCCUUAGCUUAUAUUACACUUGUUGGAAAAGCCGUCUAUCGAUCUUCGACUAUUUGGAAGAUGAAAAACAAAAGAAAAGAAAAAAAAAAAAAAAAUAUCGCAAAGAUGGAAGAAGGAAAGGAGUGAAAACUGUGUAGAUGUCGUCCAAAUGUGCAUUCAAACAUACAUCUAGGGGAUAUUGGAUGUCGGUAUUACUAUUUUUGAUCAAUUUAGGGAUAACGUGUAAAUUUUCGUGAAACAGAUGUUCAUGGCGAUUGCAGCUAGGAACUUUCCCUUCGUUUAGACCAGGGUUCUGGAUCGAUGUUUGAUAAUCCGGUAGUUUUCUAGGGGAUGUUGAUUUCGAACAUUCCAAAUAACAGCCAUCUUGUAAAAAAAUUUUUUUUUCUCUAACUUAACUGUUCUAGCCUUAAAGACUAGCCUGUUAAUGCAUUUAUGCCCGUCUUUCUAAAAAAAUUUGGCGAUUUUUAAGGCUGGUUAAAAUGUAGGCAGUAAAGUGACUCUUACUGAUGCUAUUUCCUUGUCUACAAUUUCAGUGGAGUUUAACCAACUUCUGAGAAAAUACAUGAAGAUUUGAUUAUAGUCAGAUUAUUUAUCAUCUAUCAUGAAUCAUUAAAAACAUUCUUUAUUAUGCUUAUUCGAAAAGACUUUUGGAACUUUUGUUCCUUAGUUCGUUACUGUUUGUUUUUUUUGGGGGGGUUCUUUCCUCUUCCCUUUCAAACGAAGCUGUUAUGAGGAUAGAUUGUUUUGCUAAACAGAGGCUUGCUUCUAUUAUUGCAUUCGUCUUACAAAAAUACUUGCACUCAGAUGAGUUAAAAUUACCCUGAUUCCGAACUUCGCCAAUAUAAGAACACAUAAACCGAAAGCGAACUACCGUCGUUUAAUGAUAGUAACAGUGCAACCCCUCUUCGUUGCAGGAUUGGACACAUUCGCCGAAUUUAAAAAAUCGAUUGGAAUGACGUAAAAGCCCUCGCUAUAUCAUGACUUUCGGAUAAAUCUGAUGAAUUAAUCAAAAAAUAUGGGAACAGUCAAAAAGAGAAAUAUUCAUUGAUAUUUUUUUGCGGUCUAGUACUUUCAAUGAUGUUGGCGAUUUUAUAUAUAAGUGCUCGACUCGUCGAAAAUUUGUACGGUUGUUAAAAGUCGAUAAGUUGAGAAAAAUGACAACUGCUUUUUGGAUUUUCAAAUUGGUUUUAAUGGUUUAUCCAUUUUGCUUGGCUCAAGCAGUAACCUACAAUGGAGCCAAUACUAGAAAUAACUUCGGUGUCCAUCCUUUCGAUGAGACCAUUAUUUCUCCAGAUUCAUAUUUGCUCUUGAACGGUGGAGGAGAUCAAAGUUUGUACGGAAGUUUGACAAACUAUGGUGAGCUAUUUGUCACUGACGAUAACAAUGGAGCUCUCGCUCCGAUUUUCGAUGUGCUUAAAGCCGAUCAUGUUAGAAACUAUGGUGAUAUCGUGUUGGAUCAAUGUGAUGCUUUAUUCUCUUCUGUUUACCACUGGACUCCAGAUGAAUUUGUUAACACCGGAAAUAUUUGGUUCAAAGGUAAAGGUAAUGUAGGCGGAUCUAGUUUUGACAUCAAUCCCUUCGACGAUGUCGUAAACAAUGGUACCAUUAAUUAUGUCCAAUGCUAUUCAAAUGACCCUGUUGGAGGUCUAUUUGGUGCUUUCUUUAUUCAUACUCAGGAUCCAUUGAAGUCGAUUGUUCAAAACAAUGGUGGGAUUUGUUUGCAUAACGUCAAGUUCCAAGCUCUCCAAGACAUUCGAGGAGACGGUUGUGUGACCAUCGGUGAAGGUGCUGGCUAUUUUCUUGAAGUUGGUGCUCUUACAAGUGCUAAAGAUGGAAGUGUCAUGAACGGGGGAACUAUUUACAUGUCGGCUUCUAAUUCUCAUCUUCGUAUCGACGAAUCUUAUUUUAAGGCAGGAACCUUAGGGGCCUACGUCGCAGGAUUCGGAAAUGGAAACAUCAUUGAGGUAAAUGGUAUAAUUACCACUGUUGACUACAAUGAUGGAAAUCUGCGGAUAUGCAUUGUUUUCGGAUGCCUUGAUAUCAACAUUGGACCUGGUUACGAUCCUUCUCUAUUUGAACAUUCUAUGAUUGGCCAAUUGAUUGGCGACAGUGCCGGUCACUACACUGUUAAGUAUAAUGGUGCUCCCCCUAGUGGACGUCCUUCUUCUUGUCCUGUUUGUCCAUCUGCUCCCUCUGGUCCAAGUCUUUCUCAAUCUAGUUCUGAUCGUGAUGACUCUGACUCUAAGUCCGUCUCUGGUUCUACAGGUAUAACUGCCAGUACAUUCACCACCGUCACGCUCUCUGGCCCUUCCGCUGAUACUACUACCGUUGUUUAGAUUCUAGUUUUGGGAGAUGUUUAAAUCACUACUGUAUAAAAAGUUUAUUACUUAGCCCUAAAAGUAUAAUAAAAUUACAAUUUUUAAUGUUCUUACAGAACUUCUAACACGAA